UCUUCAAUCCCUCGCCAAAGUUGCAGCGCAGUGGAGGCUGGAGCCGAGCAAAGCAAAAGAAGAAAAAAACCUUUAUACUAAUAUGAAAAGAAGUUUUAUGAAAUAAAAAUUGCAGAAUUGUUUCAGGUUUGCGGCUCCCUAACCUCUCCCGUGUAUCGAUCUCGGCGAUUCCCUCCUUGAAAGGGCCUUUCAGAUUCGGGUUUGUUUAUCUCGGGACUCACUGAUUCACCAGAUCCGAGCCCGCCAAGUCUCAUUUCUGGGUACACUGAAAAUGAAACCUCAAAGUCAAUUUUAGCAUUGAAAUUUUCUUUUUCAAAAACUGGGUUUUCCUUUAACUUCGUAAAGCUCCACCCUGGCAACCAACGUUUUGGCUUUGAUCCUUUUAAUUUCCUGAGAAUUGGGUGUCGAAGAGAAUAUUUCAAAGCAAUUAGUUUUUUAGGAUCUGAUGCUUGGGUAGAAGGAAAAUUUAGUAUCCUUUUGAAGAAUUGGUUUGGAAAUUCUUUGGAUUUUUGUUGAUCUGGGGGUCUUCGGAAUUUGAAGAGGUAUUUUAAUUGUAGUCAUGUUCUAUGGUGCGGUGGUAUGGGACCCUUGGCUUAUUGUAGCCCAAAUUGUUUGCCUUCAAUGUUUAUACUACCUCAGUCUUGGAGUCUUCUUGUCCUUUCUUGUGGGCACUCGUGUUUCUCGAAUGAGUUUGGUCUAUUUCUUUGACUUUGCUACUGUUACUACCUCUACUGUUACUGGCUGGUGUGUUAUUGCUUCAUUCCUGCUCAGCUCUAUAGCAGGAGCUGGGUACAUGCUUUAUCUGAUUGAAAGGGCAAAAAAGUGCUUAGAUUUUUCAGCCACACUCUAUAUUAUUCAUCUUUUUAUAUGCAUCGUAUAUGGAGGUUGGCCUUCCUCAGUAACAUGGUGGGUUGUGAAUGGUAUUGGAGUUGCAGUGAUGGCUUUGCUAGGUGAAUAUCUAUGUAUUAGACGGGAACUGAGAGAGAUUCCCAUAACGCGAUACCGAUCAAAUGUUUGACUGACGAAGAAUCAGGUUGGAAGAAAUUUCUUGUGGGAUUAAAAUUCUUUGUUUUCCACUGCUUUGGAGGAGCUGAAAGGCUUAAAUUUUUAGAUGCCAAACCUAAUUUUCAAUGAGAAAGAACUAGCUUAAGUUAUGGAAUAUAUUUCAGUGCUUCUGGAGAUUGUAGUGAAGUGCUUCUGAGAUUGAUACGGAGCAACCAUAAAAGUUUGGGAUAGUGGUGCCUAAGUGAUAUGAAGCUGGAGCACAUAAGGCUAGGUAUGCAUUUGUACGAGGGAAAUACAAAUGUACAACUAUAGGUGACUUUGAGAAAGAUUAUACAUUGCAUCUGAUACUGCUUUCUGAUUUUAUCUGCAUAGUUAAUUAGUUUUUCAUUCUUUAAUACAAUUGUUUGGUUGUGUUUGUUUAGGUCUGCAUAUGAUUUGAGAAAUUUGGGGUUAAUCUAAAA